GUUGUGUGUAUGGUACAUGCUAGGCACAUUUUCAGAAACUGGAGGUUCUCAGCUUUCAAGUGAAGUAUCAUACAUCCAUCUGGGACUUGUAGUUGUUGUGUUAUAAGCUUUUCCAUUUGGGUAUGCUAAUUAGGCGAAAAUUACCUACAAAGGUGGGUGCGAAGGGGUUAAUUGUUUAGCUCACUUUCUCACACUUUGAAGGUUUCCCAAAGAUGAAGAGUUGAGGAAGAAGUGGGAAGUAGCUCUCAGAAGGGAAGGGUUUUGCGCCAGUCAGUCGUCCAUGCUCUGCAGUGAGCACUUCAGACGGGAGGACUUUGACACAACAGGUCAAACGGUCAGGAUCAGAGAUGGAGCCAUUCCAUUUGUCUUCAGUUCCCAAGCUCAUCUCAAAAUGCCAGUGGCAACCAGGACAUCCCGGACCUCAAAGAAGGCCCAAGAGAGCCUGUCGGUGUACGGUUCCCAGCCCGUCCAAGAGACUGAACCUCCACCCGUGCCAAUUAUUGAUCACUCCUACGCACUGCCUACAUCCCCCAAUGAUCUAAGGGCCAGACUCACUGAAGCCUUGGCUAGGGUGGAGAGUCUGGAAAGACAGAAAAGGAAUGCACAGGAUCGAGAACGGAGGGCAAAGAACAUGUUGCGUGGUCUUCUGGAGGAUCUGAGGGGGAAGAAACUCAUAAAUGAUGAGCUGAAAUUUGGAUAAAAUGUGAUGAACUUGAGUUUAAAACACUUUCCCGUUUUUGUUA